AUGGCCGGGCCUGGGAGGCCAGGAGGGGCCUCCCUCAGUGACUUCCAGUUUGGCGUUGUCAACACCGAGACGAUCGAAGACGCCCUGCUUCACCUGGCGGAGCUGAACGAGCAAGCGGUGCAGGAGGCCGCGGGCCGGGCCGGCAGCUUCCGGGAGGCGCGGGUUGUGGAGUUUGUUUUUCUCCUGUCUGAACAAUUGUGUCUGGAGAAAUCUGUGAGCUACCAGGCUGUAGAAAUCCUAGAAAGGUUCAUGGUGAAGCGAGCAGAGGACAUCUGCAGGCGAGCUGCAGCCCCGCUGAGAGAUGGUGAGAACUGGAGGGCUCUGAAGGAGCAGCUUUCCAACGAGCUUAUCCUCCGCCUUGUGUCAUGUGUUCAGCUGGCCAGCAAACUUUCCUUCCAUUACAAAAUAAUCAGCAACGUGACAGCCUUGAAUUUCCUCCAGGCUUUAGGGUAUCUAUACACUAAAGAAGAACUACUGGAGUCAGAGCUUGAUGUUUUGAAAUCCUUGGACUUCCAAAUCAAUCUGCCCACUCCCCUGGCAUAUGUGGAGAUGCUUCUAGAGGUUUUAGGAUACAAUGGCUGUUUGGUCCCAGCCACACAGCUGCAUGCAACCUGCCUGACCCUGCUCGACCUGGUCUAUCUUCUGCAUGAACCCAUAUAUGAGAACCUGCUGCGGGCUUCAAUUAAGAACUCCACACCCAGCCAGCUACAAGGGGAAAAGUUUAUUUCAGUAAAGGAAGACUUCAUGUUGUUGGCAGUAGGCAUCAUUGCAGCAAGUGCUUUCAUCCAAAACCAUGAGUGCUGGAGCCAGGUGGUGGGGCAUUUGCAGAGCAUCACUGGUAUUGCCUUGGCGAGCAUUGCUGAGUUCUCUUAUGUAAUCCUGACUCACAGCGUGGGAGCCAACACUCCAGGGCGACAGCAGCCUGUUCCUUCCCACCUGGCAGCCAGAGCUCUGAGGACUGCUGUUUCCUCUAACACAUGAGGCAGGCUGAAUCUGCCAAAUAUAAACAGCCUUCCGUCACUGCACUCAUGCCGCCCUCUGUUUACUUUCAUACUCAGGGUACAAAAGUUCCAAGUCUCUUUUGAACUGUAUUUUGUUUUCCAAUUUUAUGAUUAUUUUUCUGCAUCAGAGAAAGCUAAGGUAGACAAACAUGUCCUUUUUGUCAUAGACUGAAAAUGUCAAAGAGCUGGGAGGAGACAGAUUAGUGAAGUUGGUUCUUUUUUGUUUAACAAGAUAUUUAUGAAUUUUCUUUAACUUCAUUUCAUUAAAAGAGAACAUCAGACAUGGAGAUUAGUAUUUAUCAGGGAUUCAAAAACAGAGACAAUCUGGGUGACCUUGACUGAGCAUCAAGGAGGUAGCCCUCAGUUCCCCUUAAAGUUAAACAUCUCUACUCUGUUAUUGAGCUCUAAACAAAUAGUGCUUCUUCAAUAGCUAUCUAUUUUUACCAGAGUCUUUUAAAAUGAAAACGAACUCAUUUCUAAACACGUCUCAACAGAAUUUCCACAUACCUGCACUUGAAUUCAACUUUCUUGAAAGACUGAGUAUUCUAUUUUAGUGAAAGAAAAACCCAACAGUGCACUCUGGGCAGUUAUCAGACUCUAGCAAAUCUUUUAUUACAAAUAAUUAAAUCUCUCCAUAAGGUCUCAAGUAGUAUCAAACACCAUUUCAUAUCUCUACCACAGAGCAGAGUAGGCAUUCGGCACUAAAACCAAGUGAGAAGUGUUGAAUUUCAAGUUUCUGAACACAUCACAUGCCAACCAGGCAAAGCUUAGAUGUCAUUUUCCCACAUUAUCCAACUAUGCGCCUCAAACAUAUCGCCGUCUCAGUGGAGACAAAAGUUUCUAUUUCAUAUUGUAAGCACAGGAAGUUGAGAGAGAUAAAAUCCAGUGAGAAAACAUCGAUCUCAAUUCAACUAAGUUAAGAAAAAACAAAGCAAACUUAAAUUAGUUGUUUUCAUGGGAGAAAGGGAAAGGACGGCAUGGGGUUAAGAGUCAAAGGACUGGCGGCUAUAUAUGGCAUGUUGUAGCUAUCUGUCAUAUGAUAUUUUAAAUAAAGUGGCUGUUGUGGAUUUUUUCUUUUUUGGUAUUGUAAACAUGUGCUGUUUAAUAUUACCCAAAUUUAAUUUAAAACAUUUUUGCAAACAAAACAAAAUUUAAAGCCUUUAAGGCAAAUAUCUCCUAAGGAAAAAAAGAAAGUCAUUUGUUAUAAAAUUGUGAGGAUACCCAAGCAAGACCCCACUUAAGAUUCGUCAGCAUGAACUUGAGAGCUUUUGUCCACUGUUCCUCAGAGUUAAACUGGGUUUUGAUGGAAUAGGAGCCUCCGCUGCCUCCUGUGUCUUCAAUCUUGCCUUUCUCCACAUCCAUCCUGCAGAUGGACACAGCAGAACUCAUUAGUAACAGAUCCGGGUUAAGUCAGUUCAGGCAAAUGGGCAGAGACUUGAUCAUGGGACCAUUCACGUCAUUUUAUCUAUUAAAGAACACUUGGUAAGGAACGGUAGUGUAUUUUGGAUUUGCUUGAAAGCCAAAAAUCAAGAAGACUGUCACAAGAGCCUCAUUGUCAUUGCAGAGUACAGGGACAGGACACACACCCAAACAGAAGAGAAGCCUGGAGCAGGGGGUGAAUGAGGGUUACAGUACUCCUCACUGUUUUCCUAGGCAUCUCUGAACCCAUGUGGGGAGAAGGGAGGCAGAAGAAAAGAAAUGCUUUGUUUUGGGGUGAAAGAAGCAACCUUGCUCUAGGUAAGAACUAGGGUUUCCAUCCAUCACUGGGCUCCUACAAAAUCUGACCAAGAGAUGCAUUCCUGUAUAUUUCUGAGGGCUUCAGGGAGAAACCUCCCUGAAACUAGAGAGCAGGCUUGAACUCUGUGCCAAGAAAAUCCCCAGGACCAUCUAAGCCAAUAUUCUUUUACUCCAGGGACUAGGUGGUCACAUUUUGUCCCGCUUGCAGUAUUGGAUUAGUCUUUGCCCAUCAGUGUCAUGUAAUUCUGCACCACUUUCUGCUUUCCCACCAUUUAUACUAUGUUUUACCUCCAUU